CCCUCUUUGGCGCAAGCAAGCAGCUGGAGAAUUAGGGUUAAGGCUUUUUCUUCAACAUCUUGAGAGCAACCGGAACACGAUGAUCUACGACGUCAACUCACCCCUUUUCAGGUCCUUCCUCAGUCAGAAGGGUGGCUCCUCCGACAAGAGGAAGCUUGAAGAGCAGAAGCCAAAGGAACACAGGCCCAAAGCCAAUGAGAACAAGCCCGUUAUGAAUGAGUGACAGCAGCCCGGCUUAGUAGCUAUGGAAGACUUCAAGGAUUAAGGUUUCAUAAAUUGAUAAGUACUGGUACUUUGUUAAGACAAUGUUUGUUAUGAUAUGACUCGGCGUUUAUGCGUCUCUUUUAGCAGUCGGACCCUAAAGUAGAAAUCGGUAGAAUUAAAUCUGUAUUGUAAUGUAGAUGUUGUCGGAAUGUCCAGGAAAUUGUUUCUUGGCAGUCUUAUGCAUUUCCAUGCAAAACAGGUUUCAGACAUGAGUUAAUCGAUCUUUUGAAAUGUUAUGUCU